CAAAGUGUUGUAAAUUCAAUAAUCGGUCUUGGGAAUAUAUAGCACGUAAUACAAACGGCUUUACAAUAAUUCGAUAUAGAAUAACAAUAGAACUGGAUAUAAUAACAAAUAUGAAUACUGCAUGGAUAAAUACACAACUGUCAAAAGAUUAAAAAGUAUGAAAAACAAUGCCGUUAUAGGAAACUUAAUAAUUUUAAAGCUUUAACUUUUGAUUGAAUACUUGUUUUUCUUUUUCACUGAAAUAAUAAUUUAUUUAGUAGUCUCUAACAUGAAACAAUGAAUGCCAUGCAUUUAAAUAGUUUGAUUCUUUACAGUGAAUUUGAUAAAAGAUUAGACUGGAUUAGUUUUAUAAGGUAAACAUAUGAUUAAUGAAGGGAUUUAUUCAACAUGUCAAUAGAACCAGUCAGAAACUGAAGGAAUGUAAAUAAUAUUCAAAGAAAUAAGUGACGACAAGUGAUUUUUCACAAAGGGUGUCUAAAAGAUGUCAUAUGUGUCAGAAUGUUCCAAAGUUUGGAGAAAUGAACAUUUAAACCAGUGACAACACAAGCAGCUUAGACAUAUAUAAAGGAAACUGAAGUGUGAUGAACAGCUAACUUAUUAACAAAGAACAAUUCAUUUGGCAAAGACUUUAUCUCAUAUUAGUGAAGCUUAAGUCAGACAAAAGUUUCAAAGUAAUUUGACUGAAAGAGAUGAAGAACUUGAGCUCUUUCAAACAUUUGAGCAGUUUUCCAUAAACAUUUUCAAAAAUGGAGGAAGAAGAAUUUAUCAGAAUGGCUGAGUUAGAGGAGGAAACCGACGAAGCAGUUAAAGCUCAGCAAAAUGGUGAAGCUGCAGAGCCAAUUGAUGAGGACAUCCAACACACAGUUGGUCAGUUACUGCACUUAAAACCAAACCAGAGAAUGGUAUGUAGAGAUUCUAAAAGAAACCUGAACACUGAGGAGAUAGUGAGCAAAGCUCUGCAGGCAGAGAGGAACCAUUGGAAAGAAAGGCUACAAAUGUCAAUGCAUGAGAUAGACAGACAACAUAAAGUCAUAUUAACUACACAAAGUGGAUUACAGGACCUAGUGAAGUCACUGAAACACUCGUCACAGAAACAUGUAGUAUUUGAUGAGGAUGAUGAGAACAGUAAUGAAGAUUUAGAUCAUGAAGUCGUCUCUGCAAGACUUAUUGAAAACCUGAAGUUUCAAGUGAGACAAUUACGUGUAAGAGCUGGUAUAUCUGAUGUGUCAAAAACUGAAAUUGAAGAAAGUAAACAAAAGCAUAAAAUGCUUAUUAAAGAGAUGAAAGAUAAGAUAGAACAACUUCAAUACGAAAAGGAAACUCUGGAGCUAGAUCAAUGUCAGAAAGCAGAAAAGAUUGCCUAUCUGCAGAAAGAAAAUGCAUCACUACACAGACAAUGUCAGAAGCUGCAAAAAAUUGUUGCAAAAUACAAUGAAAGUCACAGUGGAGCAAAUUUUCACCUUAAUGCAGUUGAUAAACCAAAACAACAGUUGCAAGAGAAAAUGCGCGAAAAGCGGUACUCAAUGACUUCAUACGAUUCCUCUGAAAAUGGCUCUAGUGUUGUACGUGAAAGGACUUAUGUUGAGGGGGAUCAACUUGUGUCAUAUCCAUCCUCGCUUGAAGAAUCAGCAAUCAUCAAAGACAGGCUUAAAAGAAAUAUCUACUCAGCAAGAGCAGGGAACUAUCGAUCCAGCAAUGUGGCACAAUGUUUAAGGUGCCAGACACUGUUUAAGCCAGCUGAAAACACACACAAGUCAUGUCAGUUCCAUCAUAAAGGAAGAGAAAUCAAACAACAGUUUCAAGACAAUGGGAAGCUCGAAAAAGUUUUGUACAAAUGGGCUUGCUGCAAGAAGCCGCUGGAGGCCCCAGGAUGCUGCUUUGGAUAUCAUGUAUGAAAACCAAAGAACGCUUGCUGCAAAAUGCCAUUAGAGGCCCCUGGAUGGCCCUUUGGGUUCCAUGAAUAAAUAACUGACUGCUGAAAACAUUUUCUCAAAUCUUUUUUUUUUUUUCAUUUUAGUAGACUUUGCUAAGGUUAAAAAACUUGUAUCAUUCCCUAUAUUUACUUUUAACAGCUUUAAAUAGGACUUUGUAUUUGUAGUGGCACAAUUUGUGAAUUUUUCACUUGCACAAAAUCACAUGCUGGUAGAAGGGGUGUUUAGCUUUAAUUUGUGUUUAAUAUUUAAGGAAUCUAGAUGUGAAGUUUUGUCUGGCAUUACCUCUUAAAUAUCUUUAAGAAUAAUCCAAUGCACUUUUUUAUAAUACCAGAAAAUUUGUAUAAUAUUCAACAUGUUACAUGCUAAGUUGUGUAUUUCCAAACAAAAUUUUAUUAGUUUCCCUAAAAAUCUCAGCUAUUAAAAAUGACAUAAAUAUUUCAAACUUUGUUCAGAUUAUGCUCCUUGUGUGUAUAAUGAUUUUCAGUGCAUGCCUUCUAUGUGAGCAUUUGUUUUUUUUCUAAAUUACUGAUCUUGAUGAAGAGGCACAUACUGCAGAAUGAUGUGAAUUUGAAAUAGUAGAACAGAGUCUUCUCUUCUUCACCAUUGAGGCUUUAGUGCGAGCUAAUUUUCGCAAAUUGAUAUGAAAACAGAAAAUAAAGCACCGCCUCCCCUAGCACUAUUUCUCUGGCAUCAUAAGUGUGCACAGGGAGCUACGGGUUAAGGGCAACAUACUUCUUCAAGAGUGUAUAUAUAAAGCAUUCUAUCAGUAUACAGUCACAACAGAACCAAUGGAAGACAAGGUGACAACACAAGUAUACAGUCAGAAAAAUAUGUUGACUGUGCAUUUAAGAUUAAAACUUUGUAUUAACAAGAGCACCACAAUGCUGAGCAAUAUAUGCCCGUAGGUAUGACCUUUGACCCGUAAGUGUGACUUUGACCUUGAAGCAAGCCAUCCGAAACAUGCACUCUGCAAGUUGUCUCUAUGUGGUGAACAUUUGUGCCAAGUUUCUUUAAAAUCCUUCAAGCAGUUCAAGAGUUACAGAGCGGACAUGAAACAGUCACAUGACCUUUGACCCUAAGUGUGACCUUGACCUUGAAGUAAGCCAUUCGAAACAUGCGUUCUACAUGUCGUCUCAAUGUGAUAAAAAUUUGUGCCAAGUUUCUUUAAAAUCCUUCAAGCAGCUCAAGGAACAGAGCGGACACAAAACCUUUGACCCCUAAGUGUGAAAUUGACCUUGAAGCGAGACAUCAAAAACAUGCGCUUCGCACGUCGUCUUGAUGUGGUGAACAUUUGUGUCAAAUUUCUUUGAAAUCCUUCAAGGGGUUCAAGAGUUACAGAGCGGACACGAAAUUGCUAAUGGACGUACGGACACCAGCGUCAUAACAUAAUACACCCCCUUUGGGUGUAUAAUAAAAUCUGGGCUUGAACACAGAAAGAAGAUUUUUUAAAGGUCCUUUUCCUAUGAAAAAAAUUGUUUCUGCCUUUUUCCCUCCUCCUAUGGCCAUUAUGUCACCCUAGCAGUUUGUAAACCGAAGAAUUUUAAAAUAAGAGGGUCAUGAUGACCCUGGAUUGCUAACCUGAGUAAUAUGAGCUACAUGUUUCAAAUGUCAAACUGAUGAUAAAAUAUUAAGAAAGUCAGUAGGUCAUAUUCAUGGUCAAUGAAAUUCAGUGUUACGAUUUGUGUGCAAAACUGUGUAUGUCAUCAAAAUUUCAAGGCUGUAUCUUAAAAAACAAGAAAGUAGGUCAGUAGGUCAAGGUCAAAGUCAAGUGACAUCAUAUUACUUGGGGUCAUCAGGUAAUUAUAAUUAAACAGUCUUGAAAAUAGGAUCAGAUGAUUUUUUUAAGUAUUUUUCCUAUAUAACUCAUAUUAUAACUAAGUGACCCCAGAGCGGGGCCUCUUAACCCCAGGAGCAUAAUUUGAACAAUUUUGGUAGAGGACUACUAGACAAUGCAACAAACCAAAUAUCAAAAGCCUAGGUCGUAUGGUUUCAGACAAGAAGAUUUUUAAAGCUUUUUCCUAUGUAAGUCUAUAUAAAACCUGGGACCCCUAGGGCAGGGCCUCUUUUCACCCAAGGCAUACAAUUUGAACAAUUUUAGUUGAGGACCAUAAGACAAUGCUACAAACCAAAUAUCAAAGGUCUAAGUGUUGUGGUUUCAAACAACUUUUUUGCCUAUAUAAGUCUAUGCAAAACUUGGGACCCCCGGGGCGGGGCCAUAUUUGACCCUAGGGGGAUAAUUUGAACAAUAUUGGUAGAGGACCACUAGAUGAUGCUACAUACCAAAUAUCAAAGCCCUAGGCCAUGUGGUUUUGUACAAGAAGAUUUUCAAAGUUUUCCCUAUAUAAGUCUAUAUAAACCAUGUGACCCCCGGGGCGGGGCCAUAUUUGACCCUAGGGAGAUAAUUUGAACAAUUUUGGUAGAGGACCACUAGAUGAUGCUACACACCAGAUAAAAAAAUUCAAAGCCCUAGGCCCUGUGGUUUUGGACAAGAAGAUUUUUAAAGUUUUUCCUUUCGGUUGCCGUGGCAACCAGAGUUCUGCAUGGAAUUCAAUUUUUUGAA